CACAAGCCGGGCUUCAUGCAGCAACAGGAGCCGCUGCGGCCGCCCAAGACGGCGCCGCCGGGCACCGGCCUCGCAGGUACCGCGGCGCCCCGGAGCCCCAGGCCGCAGGGACCGCCGGCAGAACCUGGGACGCUUGUCUGUUGCACAUCUGGAUCACAGGAUAAAAUUUCCAUUUCUGAUUCAGGACCAGCAGUAGCUAAACCUCAGGUGGCUGUGGCUCCAGUGAUAAUGUCAAAGUUGUCAGUUAAUGCACCUGAGUUUUAUCCACCGGGAUACAAUCCUAAUUUUACAGAUUCCUCUUUUGAAGAUGGAUGUGAUGCCUAUCCAACCCUGACAGAAUAUGUACAGGACUUCCUAAAUCACCUCACGGAACAACCAGGCUGUUUUGAAACUGAAAUAGAGCAAUUUGCAGACACGCUGAAUAGCUGGGUUACUACAGAUGAAGCAUUGCAAGAACUUGUUGAACUCAUUUAUCAACAGGCAACAUCUGUCCCCAAUUUUUCCUACAUGGGAGCAAGGUUGUGCAACUAUCUGUCUCAUCAUUUAACCAUAAAUCCACAAAGUGGAAACUUUCGGCAGUUAUUGCUUCAAAGAUGUCAAACGGAAUAUGAAAACAGAGAUCAAGCAGCAAAAGGAGAUGAGGUUACUCGAAAACAAUUUCAUGCAUUUGUGCUGUUCUUAGCUGAACUGUAUCUUAACCUAGAGAUUAAGGGAACAAAAGGACAGGUAACACGAGCUGAGAUUCUUCAGGUUGGCCUGCGGGAAUUACUAAAUGCACUUUUUUCUAAUCCUGUGGACAAUAAUUUGAUCUGUGCAGUAAAGUUACUAAAGUUGACAGGGUCAGUUUUAGAAGAUGCAUGGAAAGAAAAAGGAAAGACUGAUAUGGAUGAAAUGAUCCAAAGGAUUGAAAAUGUUGUCUUGGAUGCACAUUGCAGCAGAGAUGUAAAGCAGAUGCUUCUGAAACUUGUAGAACUGCGGUCAAGUAACUGGGGUAGAGUUCAUGUAACCUCGACAUAUAGGGAAGCAACGCCGGAAAAUGACCCCAACUAUUUCAUGAAUGAGCCAACAUUUUAUACCUCUGAGGGUGUUCCUUUCACUGCUGCAGACCCAGACUAUCAAGAGAAAUAUCAAGAGUUGCUUGAAAGAGAGGAUUUGUUUCCAGAUUAUGAAGAAAAUGGAACAGACUUAUCAGGAGCUGGAGAUCCGUAUUUUGAUGACAUGGAUGAUGAGAUGGAUCCAGAAAUAGAAGAAGCAUAUGAAAAAUUUUGCCUAGAAUCGGAACGUAAGAGAAAGCAGUGAGAUGUUAGAGAUUUAAAUAUUAGCUUAAUUAAGGCAGUUUAGAGAUGAGUAGCAAGCAGGGACACCACAAAUCUUGUAAUAUUUGUAUCAAACUGAAGUUGAGGGGGGGUUGAGUACUAAAGUUAUGCAAUUUCCAUUUUGUUAAACUGAAUCUGCCAAAAACUGUAAACUUACGCCCUGUAACUUAAUAUGUUGUGUAUAUAUCAUAGUUUAUUUUAUGUACAGUUAAAUGAACAGUGUUCUGGCUGCAAUAAAAUUGAUUUGAGAAAUGUCACACUGAAAUAAAACUUUACUAACUGGGAACUGUUCCAUUAAAUAAUGAUACUUUUCUCAUGGAAAAAUAAAUUGUUAAAUGAAUUGCUUACUUAUUUUAGCAUACAGUAAGACUGGCUUCACCCUUUUUAACCAUAUGGGAGUUAUCUGGAAUUUCACAUUUUUAGGUUAAUUUUAUGUGAUGGUAGAUAGAUUUUUUUUUUUUAAUCCUCUUCCCCCCCCCCCCACAGUUUUGCAAGAUCUAGAAUUUUCUUCCAUGAUGCACAGAGUAUUUUUUUUCUUCCUUCAUGGAAUAAAUAUUUUUAAUAUAUGAUAUUGUUAAUAUAUAAGCACUGAUUUGGAAGCCAGGUGCUUUAAGGCCAUUUGGUUCAGAGAAGCUAUUUCCCAAUUUUCUAAGAGAAAGCUACCACUACAUGUUUUCCAAUGUUCUUCUACACAAAUACAGUAAUGUAACUAGAUUUUUAGCUUAUUCUACACCGUAGUGUAUGCAGCUUUGAAUCAACAUAUUCUUGAAUGUAUUUAACAUAACUAACAUGUUGACACUGCUGACAGAACCCUAGAACUUUUAUUUUUUUCAUAUGACAGGUAAUUUAUAUAAGUUAUUUUCUUGAUUCUGUAGUUUGGGCUGUAUCAAUUUUUACAUUUCAGAAAUAGUAACAAAAUCUUACCUCCUUUGUUUCCAAUGUAAUUGUGUAUUUUAUGGCUUUUCCAGGAGAACUCUACAACAGUCCAUGUUGUCUAUAUUUCAGUAGUACUGGUUCUUGACAUUUGGUGUAGGAUAAUUUGGGUAGAACCAUAAUUGUCAAAAUCAAAAUGCUUAUGCUUCAACUUCCCAAAAAGUACAUAAAAUGGCUUAUGUAAAGAGAACAUAUAUAUUGUAAAUAUGCAUGUAAAUAAUUCUAUUAAUAUUGCACUGUAACACAUUUGGUAUGGUACCUUGUGUGUUGCUAAUGCAGUUAUCAUUGACUACAUUUUCUGGAUGUUUGUUCAGCAUAUUCAUUUAAAUUAAGUUUCAAAAAAUAAAAUCUAACUUGCUUUCUUUC